AUGUUGUCCAAAGUUGAUAGAGCUACUGUUUUGCGUUUGAGCCAGUCAGGUAUGACUCAGAAAGAGACUGGAGAAAUUACUGGAAUCUCACAAUCAUCCAGUACACAAUCCGUCGCUUUCGGGGGACUGGCGAUGUCAAGGACCGUAGAAGAAGUGACGGAUUAUCAAAAAGAUCAGAGAUAUGAUACGUCGCAAUCCGAAGAGGAGUCUCAGAAAGUUGGCUCAAGAGUUGAGUAUGGGAAAGAGCUCGGUUUCGAGGAUAGUCAAAGACCGCUUCGGGCUUCAUGCAUCAAGAUGCAGAAGACACAUACUCUGACAAAAACGAUGAAGGCUUCUAGGAUCCGUCGACCGCUACGUAUCCAGAAACGGACCCUCUGCUCAGCUCAUGGUUUGGCCGGGAUAACACCAACCGGCAAGACACCGAUUUGUGUCGAUCAAGGAGUGAAAAUUAAUGCUGAAAGGUAUUUGAAUGACAUUCUCGCAAAGGAAGUUUCCUCGGAGCCACAAGCACUCUAA